UCUAAACGACUAAACCAAGACAUUUAACCACACAAAAUCAAUAAGAAUAAUAAUGCACAUACGUAGUUCCUUCUUAACUUAACAACAACUCCGAUAAAUCAUUUAAACGAACAAUAAUCACAUUUGACUUGUCGUAUUAACCCAAUUAUGAGCUACCCAAAACCGCAUAUUUAAUGAAACCCCAUUACAAAAACCCUCAUUCCCCAUACCUCUCAACAAACCCCACUUUUACCCUAAUCUAUGAGAUGAAAAUUAAGGCUUGGCUUCCCUCCUUCCUCGUAGCCAACCCACAUUAUUCAUUUCCAGCCAACAGAAAAGGAAGAAAAAGGAAAAAGGGUGGAAAAAAAGCCGAUGCUAAUAAUGGUACAAACGGUAGCAACAGAGAUUCUACACAUCACAGCCAUAACUACGGUUACCCAAAAAGAAGAAGAAAGAAAAGGGAAAGCCACAUUACGUUAUUUUCACAAAAAAACAUCUACAUAUUAUGGCUUUGACAAACAAGUCCACAUACCAUGUCGACCCUAUACAAAUUGAUUUUAAAUAUUAGGCACAAUGAAAGUGAACAAAUGAGUUUCGGCUCCAUAACAGUAAACGAGACAAUCACCGAAAAAUUCACUAUGUGUGAGCUAGUAUCUGGUGACAACGGAGCAGGAGCUGAGCAUUGGAGGGCAUGCUACUGCUAGGUAGAGAAAACAAAGUUCGAUCUAUUGGAUCAAAUCGGAUGAAUUUUUUUUUUCUAUAAGGCUUCAAGAUCAAGCUUUGGUGAUGGAUCCAUCAUCAAAACUAAAUUUGAUAGAGAUUGAUGGGCUUGAGAAAUGACUGAUGAGGUUUUAGGAGAAUACCUCUUCAAACAAACUCUCGAGUUGUUAGUUGUUUCAGCACUGACCACCCACAUCUAACUAUUAUCUAUACGGUAAUUAUCCACCAAACUGCUUGCCUUUGAUUGAGAGGCAUUUUCACACACCUUUACAAAUGUUAAUAAAAAACACAUCUUACAUUCUUUGAUUCGGUUUCGUUAACUAGUCAUGAUCUCGUUUACAUGUCAAGUAAACAUGAAAUUCGAACUUACAUGACACGUGAGCCAUUUGAAUCGAUGCAUGGAUGAACUUCUACUAACUUGUAUCACAUGAACUUGUUUGUUAAGAAUCAAACUACACAUGAUGCAAUUGUCAAAACUUUCAUUGUUUCAAGGGUUGUAUAAAUAACCACAGCUCAAAAGAAGAAAAAAGAAAAGAGAAAAAAUGAUUUCUUCUUUCUCCUUCAACUCCUCUUUUUCCCCCGUCUCAUCAUUUCGCAGUACACACUACACAGGCACAGCCAAGCCAGCCCUCUGUUUUUUUCCAUAUCAGGGUUCCUGCCAUUGAUUCAGCCAUACUUAAAAAACCUCAGUCUCGGAAACCAACUCUUCCUCCAUUGUCUUUUUCCCCCUCUCCCGCUUUGCUCUGUUUUUUUUUUUUUGCCAGUCACAGCAGUAGUACUAUUCUCGAAAGCUGCAAUCUUCUUUGGAAGUAUUCCCCUCCCUUCUCCUCCUGACUGCUGUUGCUACUCAAAUCCCCCUUUAUCUAUCAUCAUCAGUUCAUCACCUUCUUCACCCACAAACUCACUCAGCAGCUUCAUUUCCCCAUCUCCUCUCCUGUCUUUGCUCUGUUCUGAAUUGGGCUCUGUUCUCGCUCUGAUUUUCCAAACCAAGGCUCCAAAGGUCAGGAAUCGGGCAAAAGUUCGAAUCUUUCUUCUUCUUCUUUGAGUUCAUUCACUCCGCUUAACUUCACAGUUCGUUUUGAAGCAGGGUUUCGAUGGCCGAUUGGUACAGCAGGAGAAAUGGGGAUUUCGAGGAAGCAGAGGUCUGGUCCUUUGCGAAACAGAGUGAAACCUCCUCUGCUGCUACUUCCAAUACCAACAGGAAAUCCUCUGUUUCCUCCUCUGCCACUGGGCGGAGCACUACCACAGCGCCUCGAGCCAUCCCGGCCGAAUUCCCCGGCGAAGGUAAAUCGACACCGGCGACGGCUCAGCGCUCCUCGGCUCCGAUGAAUAUCCCCGACUGGUCGAAGAUCUACGGCGCGAACAAUUGCGAGCACUAUGGUGAUUACCAGAACAAUGACGAUGCCCAUAACGAUGACGACGACGGCGACGAUGACGUGGUGCCGCCGCAUGAAUGGCUGGCGAAGAAGCUGGCGAGGUCGCAGAUUUCUUCGUUUUCGGUUUGCGAAGGGAUGGGGAGGACCCUGAAAGGCAGAGAUCUGAGUAAAGUGAGGAAUGCCAUCCUGACCAAAACUGGUUUCCUGGAGUGAUCUCAGUUUGAUUAUUACCAUCACCGCCGUCAUUAAUUGUUAAUUAUGCGGGUUAGUUUAGGUUAAUUUGAAACCUUGUUCUGUUUAUGUGGUUGAUUUCCUCCCCAAUUAUGGUUGCUAAUUAGUAAUUAGUAGGGUUGCUACUGUAGGAGGAGGAGAAGAACAAUUCAGAGGCUAGCUGGCUCUGUUUUUUUUUUCUUUUUUCCUUUCUUUUUUUUCUUUUGGGUUCUAUGAAGUUGGGGGAGCAGAGCUCUUAAGAUUUUGUCUGGUAGCCUGGAAAUCGAAAGGUCGCUUGGACGAACGAAACGAGCGGUAGAAUUGUGUUUAAAUGUCUUUUCGUUAACGAAUUUAACGGUAUUUUUCAAUUCUUCGGUCUCUGACUUUUCCGUUUUGGCUUUCUUUGUAUGACAAGUUGAUUUCGUCGUUGUGAAUACUAAUUGACACAAGAAUUCGUUCUUUGAGAUUGUCUUAUCUGAAUAACGACAUUUUAAUGAU